UGGCGUGUGGCGUGUGGUGUGUGCCGUGUGUGGGGCCAAAGCCAAUGCUGACCGCCUCAGCUUCAAACUGGCUAAAAUGCUGAACUGCAACGGACGUUCCCAGUUGUCGUCGUCGUCGUUGUCGUUGUCGGUUUCGGUUUCGUUUUCGGUUCUGUUUUUGUUGGUGUUGUUGUUGGUUUUGGUGUGAUUGAUGCCUUUGGAGUUAUCGGUGUAAUCGGUGUAAUCGGAGUUGCAGUCGACGGUGCGAUGAGCCACCAGCAGUUCCAUCACUAUCAUCAGCACCAUCACCUGCAUCAAGUGCAAUCGGAUUCGCAGCUGGAAAGGACCUUGGGCACCGAAAGGAAUCAACAUCAACAUCAACAGCCUCCGAAUCCGAAUCGAAACUCGAAUACGGAGCGGGUCAGCCGAAUUGGCUCAAUGGACUUUCGUAAUCUCUGCCAGCGCCUCGACGUGGAUGGCCUGAGAGCCAAGCUGCCGUCGUUUCCAUCGCUGCCGCCACUGAAGCUGCCGAAAUCGCUGCCUAAGCUGCGCGGACGCAAGAUAUUUCGCAGCUCCCGGAGAAACAACAGCAGCAGCAACAACCACAAGGAUGUGGCCGGGGCAGGGGGAGGGGGAGCAACAGCCAAGGGAGGCGACGCUGGGGGAAUGUGCACGCUGCCGUUGCCGCUGCCACCACAGUCGCAGCAGUUCAUCAACCGCACGCCCCAGCGGAUUUCCACCAUCAGUUCGUUGAUGUACGAGGAGCAGCAGGAGGGCACGGGCAAGGGCAGGGGCAGGGGACAAGGACAGGGACAGCCAGGCACGUAUCGAAGUGCGGGCAGUCUGGACGAUGACUACUAUGCCCCGGAGAGCGGAGGCGGAGUCGGAGGCGGAGUCGGGGAGCGGGCUUCGCGACCCAUUAGCCCCGUGAAGAUGCCCUCGCCGCCAGCGGGAAGCCAGCGGGAAGGCCAGAGCCAGCCGACUCUGACGCAGCGCCUGCAGAGGGGCUACAAGAGCCUCAGCGAGCUGCGGCUGAAGCAUCUGUUCGCCAAGCAGACGGUCGUGCGGCGGGACAACAUCGAGGUGGACCGCUACGUGGAGCAGUACGAGGCAGAGCUGCGGUCGGAGCAGCGGGCACAGGCACGCAGGGACCGGCAGAUAGCCGACAACUACGACAUUCGAUUCAAGACGCUGGCCGAUGGCGAGGAGGAGGGACACGCAGGGCACGCGAGGCACGCGAGGCAGGAGGAGCGUUCGAAGAAGCCACCGAAGCCACGCAGCGUGGCCGAACAGAGUGGGGACGAGAGUGGCAUGGAGGGGACACCGCCACUGCCCACGAGAACCAGGAAGCCGGGCAUUGCGGCCACGCGCUUUGCCAAGGUCCGACAGCCGCCGCUGCAAAUGGAGGAGGAGGACAAGCCGAGAUGGAAAUGGAGCUGGUGGUGGAGGGGGGAGGGGGAAGUGGCAAAGGAGCAGCUUGAGGCUGCGCCGCGUCGCAGCAGCUGCAAGCAGCUGUUCCAAAAGCUUCCCAGCUUUCCCAACAGUCUUGCCAGUCUCCAGAAGCGCAGCAAGGUCAGCGAGGAGGAGGGCGAGAAGGCAGAGAAGGCAGAGAAGGGAGGGCAGGGGGAGCAGACUCCACCACCAGCAAAGUCGGCUAUCCGCCAAAACAUUAAGAGGCUGCGCAAGUCCAUCAAGCGGCCAGCGAGGCGCAAGCAGCCGCAGAAACAGCCGCAGAAGUCAGUCGACGAAUCGGAUGAAGAGGAGGAGCAGCAGCAGGAGCAGGGGCAGGGACAGGGGCAGGAGGAGGGGGCGCCACCAGUGGCCAAAUCGUCUGGCAAUUUGAGAGCACGCCUCAUCCGCUUUGCCUCCACGGAGCAGCUGCAGGAGCGCUGGCGGAAAAGCUUCAAGACGGCGGGACAGGAUGCGCAGAGGAGCCCCAAGGCAAAGGCAGACGACGGGGCGGGAGCGGGGGCGGGGGCAGCGACCGGCAUGGCCAUUGGUGUCCAUCUGGAGCGAACCCUCACGAAGCUCAACGAGAAGAUGCAUCAGCUGAAGUUUUUUCAGCGGCAGGGCGCCGCCGCCGCCGCCGCCUCGACCGAGGAAGUCGGCGGUGUGCAGCCCCAGCUCCAGCCCAAGCCCAAGCCGAAUACUGUCGGUCACGAGCCCGUCUACAUUGACGACGAUGAGGAGCUGGCCGCCACCUAUCAUCGCAGCGAUAGCGACGAGGACGAUGACGAGGAUGAGGCGGAGCGUGGCAGCCAGGACAGCGGACAGGAUGUCUGUGCUGAGGAGGCAUUUGGCCAGCAGGAUGAGGAAGAGGACGAGGAUGAGGAUGGGGAUGGGGAGAGCGGGGAGGAGACACAAAUGGAGCAUCCCCUAUCAGGAGCUUCGUCCGCCCACGCUGCUCGACAAAUGGCGACGCUGGCUGAGCUACAAGCGGCGGCUGCUGCAGCGGCAGAGGGGCGACGCUCCUUCACGGCCUGGAGCAGCGAAUCGCUGGAGGAGAUCCCCGACGAGGACUAUCCCCGGGUGCUCAUCCACCAGGAGCACACCGACGACUCCUGCGAGUCCACGCUGAUCAUUGCCGUCUCCACGAAGCCAUCGCCAUCGCCAUCGCCAUUGCCAUCGUCGCCAGCCCCCCCAACCCCAAGCGGCAGCGGCGCGUGGCUGCCCAACGCAGAGAUCAUCUCCAGCUUCAAGGAGCAGCAGCUGGGAGAGGCGGAAUCGUGGCCGGGUGCCCGCUCCCUGUACAAGCCAAAGAGCAUCGACAUCUUCGAGGCGUCGGGGCCCGCCUUUGCCGACUUCGAUGAGGCGCUCCGCAACGCCCCCAUACUGAGGAUCAGUGCCGGGAGCAGCUGCGACACGAGCGGCGACGAGGAGGCCGACGACAGCAGCUCCAGGGUCACCCGAAUACGAAUGCAGCCAGAUGCGCCCCCAAGGAUUGGCAACAGCAGGGAGAGCCUCAUGGCCCAGGAGCAUGAGGAGGAGGAGGAGGCAGUGGAGGAGGAAGAGGCAGAGGAGGAGUCCACAAAAGAGGAUGAGCGAACCUGGGAGCGACCGCCUUCCGCCUCGCCACCGCCCCCGCCGCUUCCACAGCGACGUCCACCGCAGCGCAAGGCCACUCCACCGUCGCCGGCAGCGCCCAUCUAUGAUGCAGUGCCUCCGCCGCUGCCCACCAGCAAGCCCCCGCCCCUCAGCAUGACUCCCCCUGCUGCUGCUGCUGCUCCCCCUGCUGCUGUGCUGCCACAGAGGAGCAGCGCCUCCAUGUCGCGCCCGGCCAAGCCGCUGGUCAAGACCAGCUCCCUGCGGCUCACCUACAACGAACAGGUGCAUCCCGGCGACAUUGGCAAGGUGAACAAGCUGAUCUCGCGAUUCGAGGGCGGCCGCCGGCCACGCCUCUGUCCACGGCGUCUGCACAGCGAGGAGUACGAGCUGCAUGCCACUUCAUCGAGCUUCAGCGGGGGCGAGGAGGAGGAGGAGAAAGAGGAUGAUGCAGAGGAGCAGCAGGAGCAGGAGGAGGAGGCAGCAUCUCCCAUUACUCCCACAAAUCGGCCAGUCGUCGUCAUACCAGAGAUCGUUACCACACAGCCCAGCAUAAGCAACAACAACAACAACAACAACAGCGGCAGCGGCAGCAGCAGCAGGAGAAGGAAGGAGGAGUCCUUGUCGCUGUCCCUGGACCAAUGCCUGGAUCGCCAAAACUCCAACUGCAGCCGAUCCGAGUACGGAUCGCCCCUGGCCUAUCCGUAUCCCAGCAAGCGGCGCAGCUCGACGGGUGCAGCUCCUCCCUCCCAGCUGACGCCACCGCAGCAACAGAUGUUGCAACAGCAGCAGCAGCAGCAGCAGCUGCAGCUGCAGCAGGCGGCACGACAACAGGCACGACGCAGCCGACGAUCCAUGACCCGCGACGAUGAAAACUUUUACAGCUUCGACAGCGACGAAGAGAAUAGCUACUACUCCAUUAGCCCCUCGGGCAGCAGUCGGUACGUGGUGGAGAUAUGAGCAGAGUUACCUAAACAUAUUCAGAGGAUACACAUCUAGGGCCUAAGGAUCACAUCUAAGCAUCACCUUCAGUCGAAGAAAAACAAGUAGAAUGCAUGGAACUAAUGGAACUAAUGGAACUGUUAACCCCAAACCCAUCGCACGGGAGUAUACACAAGUACAUAUAUCCAAAUCCAAGAUUCAAGAAACUUGGCAUCAAUGAAAUUACUUUAUUGGAUGUUAUAUCAAGAUCUUAAGAGUCAUAAAAUCGAUAUAUAUGUAUUUUAGCGAAACUAAUCAGAUAGUCCCGUGAUCAUAAAUAAUUAUACAUGCAUGCAUACAGUAGGUAACUGUAGCUAAAAC